UACAUUGCUUGAGCAAAAUGUCACGCCAUGGUCGAUGGCUUACAGCUGUGAAGCACGUCAGCGAUCGCGCACAGUUGUCCUCGCGACGCGUUCCACUAUUUUAAGCAAUGUGCUUAUUGGUAUUUCACAUUUUCUUUUUCAUAACAACUUGCCCUUUCGUUGGAUAUUGAAAAGUCGUGGUGACGUCAGACGCGGCUGUGUUUCCUGAGAUUGCUGUCCAGGCCAACAACCACUUCAGCUUCUCAGCUUUGCUCCAGGCACUUUCAAUCCGCAUGGAACAUUCUGCAUUUAAUGCGUAAUCUGGAUCCCGAUAAUACAAGAAACGAAAGAGCUAUGGAAUUUAUGAUGUUUGCUAGCCUGUUUACGUGGCUAAUCGUCUUCUCGUCGUCAAAAGCGAUGGUCAAUAAGAGCGAAGAAAAGUACUCUGUCUGUUGUGAACCCGUCUGCUACGAACGAGCGAGGCUGAUCAAUGCAUCGCUAAACACGUCCGUUCAGCCAUGCGAUGAUUUCUACUCGUAUGCCUGCGGUGGAUGGAUGAAUACACACACUAUUCCAGACACAAGGUCCAAUAUCGGUACCUUCUACUUUCUCCGCAAUGAACUGAAGAACACCCUCAAAGGUAUAUUAGAAAAUAUGACCAUCGCUGAAGAGGAGCAGACUAUAGAGAACAAGCUUGCCGUUGCUUACAAUGCCUGUGUAGGUACGUGA